CCCAGCACGCCAGCAGCGGGGCUGAGCCCCAGCACAGCUCCUGCCUGCUUCCUGCCAGCUCCAGGCAGAUAUCAACAGCAGCAUCUUGGGCGAAGCUGGGCAGAGGUUUGGACACCACGCCAGGGAAGGGAAGCGGCGCUGGAGAACGGGAAGAUGGCAGAGCCUGAAAGCACGGUUGUAAACCCCAGUGUGAAACAGAAAGACCCCAGCAAGGCACUGGUCAUUGCAGUGACCACCAGAGCCAUCUUCAACCUGGAGGAGGAGCAUCAGCUCUACCUGGAGAAGGGCAAGGAGGAGUACGUGAGGCAUCAGCAGGCCAACCAGGACAGGCCCCUGCCACCAGGCACAGCCUUCGCCUUCAUCCAGGCAGUGCAGUAUGUCAACAAGAAGAUCCUGGAGAGCAACCCAGCAGAGGAGGACCUCUUUGACAUCCUGCUGCUCUCCAACAACAGCCCAGAGAGCGGUGUGCGCAUCAUUAACAGUGCCAAGCACUAUGGCCUGGAGAUUUCCAAGUUCUGCUUCGUCAGUGAUGAGGACUCCACGCAGUACCUCAAGUCCCACGGGGUCAAGCUCUUCCUCUCGGCUGACAGGACAGAUGUCUGCAAUGCCCUCCGGAGAGGGGUCUCAGCAGCGCUGGUCUUCCAGCAGGAGGUGCAGGCCCCCAGCACCCCGCUGCGCGUGGCCUUCGAUGGGGACGCCGUGCUCUUCUCCGACGAGACCGACCAGGUCUUUCGGGAGCAGGGCCUGGAGGGAGCGGUGCAGUACGAGCGGGCGAUGGAGGCCGUGCCCAUGGGAGAGGGUCCCAUGAAAGCCUUUGCCAUGCACCUAGGGAAGAUACACAAGAAGUUCAACCGUGAGGAGUGCCCCAUCCGCACCUACCUGGUGACCGCCCGCAGUGGCCGAGACAUGGGCAUCCGAGCCAUCAAGACGCUCCGGGAAUGGGGUCUGGCCAUCGACGAGGCCUUCUUCAUGGAUGGGGCUCCCAAAGGCCCCAUCCUUGCCCAGAUCCAGCCCCAUAUUUUCUUUGAUGAUGGCCUUCAUAACAUCCAGGGGGCUCAAGAUAUGGGGGUACCCUCUGCCUGGGUUCCCUCAUGUUGCUGAUGGACCAAUAACCAGCAGUUCUCAGGACCGGUCCAGCUGAAGGCCAGCUUGAUGGAAUAGGAAAGAUUUAUUAACCUGCAGCAAGCAAAUCUCAGGGAAAGGGGGUGAGAGCAUUGCCUGAGAGCACUGACAACCAAGCAGGACUGAAUGCUCCUGAGACAAGGUCCUUUAGCAGCUGCUCCAGGAAGGACAGACACCUCUGCUCUGACCCCAGGGACUGCUACCUACCUGUCUUGUGGGGCCUGGGGACUUCCUUCUUCAACAAGGAUAAACAAAGCUACUGCCCCACACAUGUGGGGAAGAAAGCAUGAAAGUAAGCACUAAAAAUGCAAAGUUCAGUGGUACUUAGCCUCCAAGAUUUAAUCUCAGGAGCUCUGCUCAAAGCAAGUCCCCAGGACCUUGCCUUGUUGGACAUGCUCAGCUUCCUAAGAAUGAUGUGUCACCAAGCCCCUCAUGCAGCUCUGACCAACUCCAACAAAUUCAGCACAAGGAUAGACCCCAAAGCUGUAAAGCACCUAUAAGCUUUUAGAAACCAAUUAGUAGGUUGAGGAAAAAAAAGCCCAAACUGUAGUCCCACAUGUAUUAGAGAACAAUAACUUUUUUUUUUAGGCAUUGCUCAUAGGGAGUGCCCUCAGGAGGCCCAGACCUGCAGGACACAGCUCCUGGACCAGCAGGAGAUGGACCAGGGAUGAGGACAGAUGUGAGAUGGGUUCAUCCAGGAGACUGAUGUAGCUCUGGGGUUCCUCCAGGUGAGGGCACUAGAGGCGGCCACCUGCAGCACAAGCCAUGCAGGGGGACAGGGCUUAGGGUAUAGACCAUCACCCAAACCUCCAAACAGCCCUGGGUGCUAAAGCCUGAGCUUAAAUAGGGCUGCAGGUGGGGGGCAUGGAUGGGGUCCCAGGUGAAGCUGCUCAGGGUAGGUGUGGUCCCAAGCAAGCCCAGGACCAUGGCACCUACCCGGUGCAAAGCCACCCCUAUGCAGGGAUGUCUCUCCUCUGUCCCUUUUGAUUCUGCGCCUAAUUUUACCAGGCAGAAAACAGCCCCAAAACUUCGUUUGUGAGGUUUUUCUCCCCAGGGCAGGAUGUCAGUGAUUGCCACUAGAGGCCACUGUGCUGCCCUGCUGCCACCCAUGCUGUGGGGGAACAGGACCAUUCCCCCAAAACUAACACCUAAAAGCAGCCAUGAAAACCACUUUGACCCCCAGCCCAUCUUGAAACUACAAGUUCCCUUUGUUGCAUUAAUUUUCCUUUUUCUUAAUUAAAAAAAAAAAAAAAAGCAUAUUUUAUGGCAGAACAGAGAGAAAUCAUCAGAUUUUUUUAAGGUUUCAUCACUCUCACCAAUGCUUUUUCCCCCAAUAAAUAAGUAAACGACA